AUGAGCUUUACCAUCGAGGAGAGGGGCAGGCCGAACACCCAGGAGUACAGGGUGUUUUUCAAAAACCCUGAGGGUAGAUACAUCUCUCCGUUCCAUGAUAUACCCAUCUACGCAAAUGAGAAUAUUUUUCACGCUGUUGUGGAGGUUCCAAGAUGGACAAAUGCAAAGAUGGAGAUCGCCACCAAAGAUCCGCUCAACCCACUUAAACAAGAUGUGAAGAAUGGGAAUCUUCGUUAUGUAGCGAAUGUGUUUCCUCACAAAGGUUACAUCUGGAAUUAUGGAGCAAUCCCACAGACAUGGGAAGAUCCCAACCAUGAGGACAGUGACACAGGAUGCUGCGGAGACAAUGACCCUAUUGACAUAUGCGACAUAGGAAAUAAGGUGUGCUCACGAGGAGAGAUAAUUAAAGUGAAGGUUCUGGGAACGCUGGCUUUGAUCGAUGAGGGUGAAACAGACUGGAAGGUCAUUGUGAUCAAUACUGAGGACCCUGAAGCCGGCCACUAUAACAGUAUUGAUGACGUGAGACGACUUAAGCCCGGUUAUCUGGAGGCAACUGUUGACUGGUUCAAAAGAUAUAAAGUCCCAGAUGGGAAACCUGAAAACCAGUUUGCUUUCAACGGCGAGUUCAAGGACAGGGACUUUGCCCUUAAAACAGUGAAGAGCACCCAUGAGUUUUGGAAGGCACUGAUCUCUCAGAAGACCAAUGCUGGCGAGUUAAAUUGCAUGAACGCCAGUGUCUCAGACAGUCCGUUCUGCUGCUCUGCUGGGGACGCAGAGGCUGUGGUUGAGUCUGCAUUUGCUUUUGGAGCUGAAGAUCCUAUUCCAAGUUCAGUCGACAAAUGGUUCUACUAUGAGAAGUAGGAAGGAAGAGCCUUGGCAGAAACAUGAAGAUGUG